AUGUCGCACCAGAUUCUCUCUCCACUACCCUACAAAUCGCCAUACGUACAAUUCGAAACUGUUCAAGGCGAAACGAAGCGACGUGGUCUCGGUCUCUUCCUAAGACGCAAUCUCACCGUUGCUCUCGCACUCGUACUGGGACUCGUCUCCACUGCUUUGGUCAUCCAGUUCACUCGGUGGUUCAGCAUCCAGCUGCCCGUAUGUCAGACCUGGUCUCUCGAUUGUGAAAUUUCGGAUCGUGUUCAGCUGCUGUAUCGAAAUUUCGGUACCGUACAGGGUAUUGUCACCGCGAUAUACUCGAUUGGUCUUGCGGCAUUGGCCUUCUCAGCACACUCGUUCUCAGAAGCAGCGCUAUGGCCACUUCUUCAUCAACAGCGAUUCAGUAUUGGCGAGAUGGACACGUUUCUAGAAGCUAGCCGUGGAUCGAUACCGUCUACGCCUAGAGCCUUGCUCAAGGCUCGAACUUUGGACUCAGCUCUGGUACUACUCUUGACUGCUGUCAUCACUCUUACACCACUUGCUGCUGCGCCCAUGGUAGGUCAGGUGUACAAUAGAGGAAAUAUGACAGUGAAGUAUCAGGGUGAGUUACAGACAGGUGGUGGCAUUGGCGUCUACUACGUCCAGUCCAACCCCCCGGGUCCCGUACGUGAGCGAUCGAGCACACUGUACACUUCUUGGCAAGGCAACUUUGCUACCGAGCCGCUUCCGGAGUACCGAAAUUGGUUUAUCGACCGCAGACUGAUGGCGAAAAGAGGAAACUUCACAGUCGAGACUGUCCGGAUACAACAAGACAUCGAGUGUCGCGGCUGGGCUGCAACACCGAACGACGAUUGGAUCACGUUGGGAAGAGAUUAUUUCAUGACCUUCAAUACCAGCAUGCCUACACGGGAAGGUGCUAGUGGCGGGCGCGUUGAUGCACUAUGGCAACACGAUAAGAUUGUCGAGGUGCGGGAUGUCAGAAAGCUCGCAGUCUGGGUGCACAACUACACAUUCGACCACGCGAACAAGACAACAGCGACACUCAUAUUUGCCGCUCUGGAGGGAGGCAUUGAGGGUGGCAUAACAACCAAAAACAUGCCGAAUGAUGCAAGAAUGGCGAACGUCACAAGCAUUGCAUGCGACGUUGCUGUGGAGAUGAUGGAAGAUACGCUCACUGUAGGCGACGCUCCUGGACCCGCUGUAUCGAUCAAUCCCAUGACCAACAUCUUCGUAAUCGGUCAAGGCAGACCGCCCAACAAGAAAUACGUGGGAAAGAUGAACGAGGUGGCUUUAUGGUUUGCUGUCGCUCCUGUCGCAAACGGCGCGUACGUGUACGGUACGCAACCAAUGUAUUCGUACACGAAAAACUGGAUCCCCGAACGCUACACAUCGACAGAUGAAGGCGUAAAUAGCGCUUGGACAAUCGACUACAUCAAGAACUUCAUCAGAGUCUCAACGGGCGCAUCGAUGCUCGGCGAAGUGGACAAGUGGAGCUACACCAACGACCCCGAGCACCCCAGCACAGUCCAAUUCCCCUCUUACUUCGCCGUCGUCAAAAUGAACCCUAGUAAGCCGAUCUUAUUGACCAUCUUGCCGCUCGUCAUCCUGCUGUGCGGUUCCGUUUUGCUCGUGUGGAAUGUCAAGAUGCAUAGUAACAUGGCCAUCCCGAUUAUGCGCAAAGCCACUCUGGACGAGAUCAUCAAGAGCAGCCAGACUGCGGAUAUCAUGGGCCCGGCGAUACUCGAUCAGCAAAAUGCUACAAAGCCUUCGGGUCUGGCGAAGUUAGAUGUGAGGUUUCAGGCAGGUGGCACUGGGAUAUGGGGUCUUUACAGUGCGAUGAAACAGGGGUAG